AAUCCCCGGGCUCUUUCUAGUUCCUCCAGCCUUCUUCACCCCUGAUCCAUUGAGCCGAACCCUCUCCAGCCCUGAAGUCUGGGCAGGAUGUGCCGGAGGGCAGAGCCGCGGUGUCUGCCCAGCGAGUGAAAAGCUGCUCGUGGUUCCCGGGCGCAGGCUCGUACGCCAGCCCGGAGCCACGCGCGCAGCCCGGGACCCCGCAGGUCCCGACGCCGACAGGUGCAGACGGUAGCGAGCCCCCGCCUAGAAACGCGUCAUCUCCUCCAGAGUCGCCAGGGCCGGGCCGGAGCUGCCGCCCACGGCCCCCCGAGUCCCGUGCACUCGCAGACCUCCUCCAUGAUUCAGAAGUCACGCCCGGCGCUGCUGCAACCUCAGGAUGUGGGAGACAGGAUGGAAACGCUUAUGGACACAUUUGUAACCUGUGAGAGGAAGAGAGAGAAACAUUGAUGUGAGAGUGAAACAUCGAUCGGUUGCCUCCUGCGUGCACCUCAACCAGGGAUGGAACCCAAAACCUGGUUGCACCCGGUGAUCAAGGCUUUCCUGUGCGGCUCCAUCAGUGGCACCUGCUCUACCCUCCUUUUCCAGCCCCUGGAUCUCCUCAAAACCCGCCUGCAGACGCUCCAGCCCUCGGCCCAUGGAUCAAGGCGCGUUGGGAUGCUCACUCUGCUCCUGCAGGUGGUCCGCACCGAGAGUCUUCUGGGCCUGUGGAAAGGGAUGUCCCCUUCCAUUGUGAGGUGUGUCCCUGGUGUUGGAAUCUACUUCGGGACUCUCUACUCUCUGAAGCAAUACUUCCUGCGAGGCCAUCCCCCCACUGCCAUGGAGUCCGUCAUGCUGGGGGUGGGCUCUCGCUCGGUCGCAGGGGUCUGCAUGUCGCCUAUCACUGUGAUCAAGACGCGUUACGAGAGUGGGAGGUACGGCUACGAGAGCGUCUACGCAGCCCUGCGGAGCAUCUACCGCAGCGAGGGCCACCGGGGCCUCUUCAGUGGCCUGACGGCGACACUCCUUCGUGAUGCCCCCUUUUCUGGAAUCUACCUAAUGUUUUACAACCAGACCAAAGCCAUCGUGCCCCAUGACCAGUUGGAUGCAGCCCUUAUUCCCGUUGUAAAUUUCAGCUGUGGGAUAUUUGCUGGUGUUCUGGCCUCACUGGUGACUCAGCCUGCAGAUGUUAUCAAAACUCAUAUGCAGCUCUCCCCAGUGAAAUUUCGGUGGAUUGGCCAGGCAGUGACAAUCAUCUUCAAAGACUAUGGGCUGCGUGGCUUCUUCCAAGGCGGCGUCCCCCGGGCCCUCCGCAGGACUCUGAUGGCAGCCAUGGCAUGGACAGUCUAUGAAGAGAUGAUGGCCAAGAUGGGCCUGAAGUCCUGACCCAGCAGCACUGGGAAAAGAUGGGAUCUGUUGCCCUGCCUGGUUUCUGCCGAGAGCUGCUUCAUCUCUAACCUGGACUGAGGUGAAGUCCUGUGGGGAAAGCCAGGCAGAUGUGUCACCUUGUUACCCAGUUCACGUAGCGAAUAGGUGGGCCAGACUCGAGCUUUUAGAAUCUCCCGGAAGAGGAGCCACUGAGACAGACAGCACACGGGGGAGUUUGCAGAAGGGCUUGCACACCCUGCAAACCUGGAAGCAUUUCCAGGGAGAGAGCUCUGUCGGGGUCUCCGCUUCAGCCACCCACCUAUACCACGGUGCCUCUUUGGGUCUGUUUUUUGCAAGGAAUUGCAAAGCCAGAGAAGCUGUGGCCACCUGCCGUGACUGAGGAACUCCAGCAGGGCGCUGGUUCUGCAGAAAGAGGAGUCCCUGUCACCAGGCCGGAGGUGAUGUUGGGAUGAGAAAGAAAAGGUGUCAUGAUGACUUAAUUAGCUCAUUAACCUGGCAGAGGUUCUGCAGAAGGGGGGACAGUGGCUUCCUAGCCUCUCAGUGUCCAAAUAAAGGUUUUUUAUUUUGUCCCA